UCAGCAAUGUGCAGUGCAGUCACAUCAGCAGUUGUGGGACGGCUGCAGCAGCGUCCCUGACGCGCAGAGGCUGCCCACUCUCCAUACCGCGGGGGAUAAUCCCCAAAUUCUUGGUUUGCGACCCAACCGCAAACCCACGAUCCUCGGAGAAAGAUACUUUUGUUUAGCACCCCAUCAUCCGCCAUCCAUGGCUUCAUCCGGGAGUGGAAUGGAGGAAGUGCGCGUGUCGGCGUUGACCCCCCUGAAGUUGGUUGGCUUGGUGUGCGUCUUCCUUGCGCUCUGUCUGGAUGUCGGGGCUGUGUUGAGCCCCGCGUGGGUAACAGCGGAUAAUCAGUACUACCUGUCUCUGUGGGAGUCCUGCUGGAAGCCCGUCACCUCGGACACAUGGCAGUGCAACACCACACUCGAGACUGACUGGCAGAUUGCCACGCUGGUCCUGUUGCUGGGUGGUGCAGCCCUCAUCCUGUUCUCCUUCCUGGUGGCCCUGGUGUCAGUGUGGGUCGGCUCCAGGAGCCACUGCUACAGACCCAUCGCUGUCAUGCUGUUCGCUGCAGUGGUGCUCCAGGUCUGCAGUUUGAUCCUCUACCCUGUUAAGUUCAUUGAGACGGUCAGCCUGAGGAUAUACCACGAGUUCAACUGGGGCUAUGGCCUCGCCUGUGGGGCCACCAUCUUCUCUUUUGGAGGGGCCAUUCUCUACUGCCUCAACCCCAAGAACUAUGACGACUACUACUAAACCCUGCAAGAUUAGAGAGGAGGAGAGGCCUCUACACAACUUCAUGUUCCCCCACGCUCGCUGUGAUAGCAGCUGAAACACUGAACCUUAUAGAACUGGUAGAGAAAACACAUGUUCACACAAAUCGAUUGGAGAAUCAACAACAGUAGUGUCUGUCUAUACAUUCAAACCUUUACAAUACUGUACUAUACCAGACUUAAAAGGGACACGGUAUAGCACAGUAUGAGCUUGUGGUCUCCACAGGCAUCUCCGCCUGUGUUGUGACCGACAUCUGCCAUAGGCUAAGUGGUGAGGCUAAAGAGCCAAUCAGACAGUUCAAUGGAAUACUAAUUACCAAUCAGAUUCAUCAGUGAAAUCAUGUCCACAUUCUGAGCACAGUAGGUCCCCUUUAAUAUAGGAACUCCAGUAGGAAUUGGCAGCACAAUGCUUUGUCAUGAAUAAACCACAGAGAACAGAUGGAUUAGCUGAUCUCAUACAGAGACGAGAGGGAGGAGAAGGGACAGCUGAGAGUGACGGACACACAGACCAAUCAGAGAGCAGAGGGAUGGGCCAGAUGGACAGAUUGAUCUUGAGGAGGAAAGGAAGGUGACUCACCUAAGAAAAGGAAUCAAGGAUGCAUGACAUCGCCCCCACUCAUAUAUGUGAUUACCUUUGCUUGUGCCUUAAUCUAAAAGAAGAUUGGAUUGGUUAAGGCAGGCAGCAUAGAGUAAUUUCCUUUUACCUAUACUGCUCCUCUAGAUCAGUGCAGAUGAAGGGAAGGCAAAAUGUGUAGAAUUGCAGAAAAUUAGUUGUAAAACUCUUGUUUCUCUCCACCCAUGGAAAAAUUAGUAGAAUUGCAUGACAUUUGUUAUAAAUUUGCUAAAUCUUCUCUCCGCGCCAUGGCAAAAUUUGUCGAAUUGCAGGAAAUUGACUCUAAAAGUCACAUUUUUUCUCUCCACUGUCAAGAGGGGACGCUAAAAUGCUCGCAAGGUGACUCUGACUGCCUGUGUGGGUAUGGGUGUGGAUUUGGGUACGCAGACCUGCGAUCCACUACUGGCCCUCAUGAUGAGUUCAGAUUUUUUGUGGCCCCCAGUCCUAAUCUAAAACCAACUGCACCCUGCGGCCUAACCCCAUCUUCGAAUAGCAGCAGUUGUUUAUAUGUAAAUAGAGUAGUUCGACGUGCUUUCGUGUGGUAAAUGCAUUUCUAAUACAGUAAAUUAGAGAAGUAGUAGUAGUUUAUUUAAAGGGACAAUGUGCAAAUAAAAACACGUUUCAGACAGUGAAAUAUGAUGCUUGCACCAGAAUAUGCUCAACACAGCUCAUUUGAAUCCACAGUCCCUAACUAAGCAUAACGGAAUACAUAAACAUAGCUAAAUACACACACACACAUCACUCAUACAGUGGUAUACUACGAUAUAACACAGGGGUGUCAAACUCAUUCCACGGAGGGCCAAGUGUCUGGGUUUAAGACCUAGACAACCAGGUGAGGGGAGUUCCUUACUAAUUAGUGACCUUAAUCCAUCAAUCAAGUACACUCGGCACUCUGUGGAAUGAGUUUGACAUAUGUGAUAUAACGGAUGAAAACAAAUGCAGGAGACAUAAAAUACAACUAAUAGAAUAAAUACAUCAAACACAUUGAGACUUUUGUGCAUUAAUAAUUAGUCCAUGUGUGCAGGAUUGAUGCACCUUGAUCCAAGCUUUGAUUUGACCUCCAUGGAGAAGGAUUUAAAGUCGCUAGUGCUUCUUAAGGUAGACGUGCAGGAAUUCCAUCUUCUGAUGCCUGAGGUGGAGAAUGCUGACUUUCCAAAGGUGGUUUUCCUUUUUAGGAAUGACACAGUCUCCACUUGUUGAGGUUCAGGUAGCUGCUGUUUUGUUCAGCAACCUGGUCUCAAAGCAUUUUGCUUAAUUCUAUAUGCAAAUCCGUGACACUCCAUUUAGUAUCAUAUAAAAUUUGAUUUGAUAUGUUUGAUAUGUUGGGUUUUGUGUGGUAUGUAUUAAUUUGUGAAUGUCCAUCACCCAUUUCGUACAAUAUGUUACGAAUUCUAGUUAGGUGGCUAACGUUAGCUAGGCUAGGGGUUUGGGUUAAGUUUAGGAGUUAGGUCAAAGGGUUAAGGUUAAGUUUAGGAGUUAGGUUAAAGGUUAGGGGAAGGGUUAGCUAAAAGCGUUGAGGUUAGAGUUGGGGGAAGGGUUAGCUAACAUGCCAAGUAGUUGCAAACUAACUAAAUAAGUUGUAAGCAAUUGAAUAGUUGCUAAUUAGCUAAAAUGGUCCGUGAUGAAAUUCUAAACACACAACCUUUGGGUUGCUAGAUGUUCGCACUAAACACCCACCCUACUUUUGUAUUUGCCAUAAGUAACCAUCUGUCUUAUGUAACCAUACCAAACAUAACAUACCAUAUUAAUUUCAGUGUCCCGGAUUUAUAGUUACUAUGUUACGCCUAGUCUGAGACCAGGCUGUGUUCAGAGCUUAAUAUGACACAAUCUUUCAGAGGUGGGGGUGCAACAUAGUUGAUAAAUCCUAUAAACUACAGACAACUUAGAAAACAAAGUUGUCCAAAUUGAACAGAUUGUAUUUGGGGUGAUUACUAUGGUGAUGGUAAUGUGAUUUCCCGUCAAGGAUAUUCAGUGCUUGUUUACAUAAAGAUCGAAGGGGCUUAAUUUUUGUUUCAUUGGCUUGGGGCCAGCUGGUUAUACAAUAGGUGAGAGAAGAUCAUUGCAUGUAAAUUCAUCUUGGCUGCCUCUGUAGAGUGAGUUCCUGACGUAUCGGAAAUUGGAAUGACAUAUCCGAUUUUGCUGGACACCUUAAUGUUUUUUGUUGUUCAAAGUAGGGUCUAGAUCAAUGCCCAAAUAUUUCAACUGUGGACGAGUAUGUCCGGGUACGCCUGUUUGUUUAGUUUUGUGGAGAAUUACAUCGCUAACGUUGUUCCCACAUUGACGUUGAGCCACUUUCUCCAAUGAUGUGUGUGAAGAAAGCAAAUUACCAUUGUGUGUGUGGGCCCUGGAGCGAUAUGAUCAGUCACUCCCACACUCGAUGCCUCAUUGGUUCAAACUGUUGGGAUCUGCAUCCCAAACGGCACCCUAUUCCCAAUUUCAUGUAACGCUUUAGACCAGGGCCUAUAGGGCUAGUGCACUAUGUAGGGAAUAGGGCAGUACUUGGGAUAAAACCAAGAUCUUACGCAGUAUUAUAGAAAACAUCUUAAAUAUAUACUCUGUAUUCAAGACAAGAGUAUAUUUGUCUAGAAUAUACUAUAGCUUCUGAUCCAUAACAUCUUAAAACAAAAGUUAGUUGUCCUUUAUAUUAAAAACAAUACAGGUAAAAUGGAGAGUGUAGGAAUGCAUGUGUGCUUGAGGUAGAAAGUGUGUGCGUAGAGGAGUAGCGAGGUGUGUGUGUGCCGGGAGUGAAUGAGUAUGGAUUGCUGCUGCUGUGUGGCUGACGCCAAUUAGUUUGUUCACUAACACAAUAAAACAGGUAAUGAAAAAGACAA